CCGACCGCGGCAUGUACCCUUACGCCGCGUUCGCCGCCGUCUUCGGCCGCGCAUGCUCCUCCACCAUCGUAGACCGCAGGUUCGUGCUGCUCACCAGGAUGUGCACCGACGCCAGGCCGGACGACGGUAUCGUGAUGGCGGGCGGCACGGAGUUCACGACGAUCCAGGACCUGACGCCGCCAGAGGUGCAGAUCCGGCAGAUCCAGCGGUGGUGGGUCCAUCCGUACCGGCACGUACUCUGGCACGACAUCACCAUCGCGCGCCUCUUCGCACCCUGGGUCUUCGGGGAGUUCGUCGGCACGCUGCCCAUUCCCGACCAGCACACGCAGCUGUACGGGAUCAACUCAGACAAGAUUCCGAAGGGGCCGAAGCUGAUCCGCGAGUGCGGCGAGAAGGUGCUGUGCAACUACUUCAUGUACCUGGGCUACUACAAGGGCUGGAUCAACCGCAUCAUCUACAACAACACGCUAACAGACACGGACUCCACGCCACUGUCCACCAGACACCCCAUCAUCCACGGGACCGAGGGUGGGAUAAGGGCUGCAGCAGCUGCCACCGCAGCAUGUCCCCUGCUACACGGCCAGUAAUGCGGCUGUGGGUGGUUGCGACGGCCGCGGCGCUGCUGCUGCUGGCGGGGGCGGCGACUGCGGAGAGCGACCCCGCGCUGGUG